GGCUCAGCUCCGCCCUUUAUGCAGAUCACUGACAGCCCAGCCCCUCUCCCUAUUGGCUGGAAGUUUUUAUUCUAAGCUGCAGAACUUUUGUCUGAGCCUGUUCUCUCCCUCCCACCCUGUUUCCUCUCCCACCCACUGACAAGCUCCCACCCAGUCUCCCACCCUGAGCAGUGGUCAGUGUCCUUCUGUUUCUUCAUCUCCAGGGACUCCCCACAGACUGGACUCUCUGAGCCUCCUGCAGCCCCCCCUCUCCAAGCAACAUGUCCAGGUCCGAUGAGGUGAACAGACUGACAGAGAAUGUGUAUAGAGCCAUACUAGACCAGUUCAACCCAAGCCUACGGAAUUUUGUGACAAUGGGAAAACAUUAUGAGAAGGCGCUCUCAGGUGUCACUGUGGCAGCCAAAGGCUACUUUGAUGCUCUGGUGAAACUGGGAGAACUGGCCAGUAUCAGUCAAGGGUCCAAGGAGCUCGGAGACACCUUAUUCCAAAUGGCUGAAGUUCACCGUCAGAUCCAAGUUCAGCUGGAGGAAGUAUUAAAACUCUUUCACUCGGAACUGUUGGCUCAACUGGAACACAAGCUUGAAUUAGACAUUAAGUAUUUAACAGCCACGCUGAAGAAAUACCAGGUGGAGCACCGGUCCAAGUCGGAGUCGAUUGAGAAAUGUCAGUCGGAGCUCAAGAAGCUGAGGAAGAAGUGCCAGAACAGCAAGAAUCCCCAGAAGUAUAGUGACAAAGAAGUGCAGUACGUUGAAAUCAUGAGCACAAAGCAAUGUGAGCUGGACCAGUUUGUGGCGGAAGGAUACAAAGCGGCUCUCACAGAGGAACGGCGGAGAUACUCCUUCCUUGUAGAUCGGCAGUGUGCAGUGUCCAAACACUUUAGUGCCUAUCACAGCAAGGUAAAGGAACUUCUAAGUGCUAAGCUUCCUACGUGGCAACAGUCCUGCACGCAGCCCACUAAACUUCCCGAGCGAGCCCUGAUGCUUGUGAAACAAACCGCCAGCCACACCACAGAGCCAGUCAUCUCUGAUCCGAUGCCAAGCACAAAACCACUGGAGGUCCCCCCAGAGCUGGCACCUCUGUUAGGAGGAGGAGGCCUCAGUGUGAAUAACCGGAUGUCAGUGCAAGAAGUUCUCCCUCUUCCCAAUGGAGAGACCCAUCGCUCAAGAGGCUCACGUGAUAUGGGAAACUCUGCUCAUAUUGAGCCCCUAUUGUUGACCCCAGUGGUUUCCUCACAACCUGCAACACCAGCGUCGCUCACGCCUCCAACUUUCAAGGCCAAUGAGAUGUAUUUCUGUACCUUACCAAUGCCACGCAAGCCAUCUUCCGAGAAUAGACUUGCCACUCUGGUGGAAAAUAAGACCUUACCUCGGAUCAGCCCGCUAUCAGUACUGCCGCCUCGUGUAGAACGUCAGAGAGUGCAGGCAGUCUUCUCACACAAUGCUGCAGAGAACAGCACCUUGCUCAAUUUCAAGGAAGGGGAUAUCAUCCUUCUGUUGGUUCCUGAAGCCAGAGAUGGCUGGCACUACGGCGAGAAUGAGGCUACAAAAAUGAAAGGCUGGUUUCCAUUUUCGUAUACUCGUCCCAUUCCUCCAGCAGAGACCUCUGACAAAUUCAACUCCAACUUCCCACUGAGCAAACUGAACAGCAGCAGUACCGGGAAACUGGACAAAGUCGGGGUGACUCCGGCUGAAGCUGCCAGGAUAGAAGCGGUUAGAUACACACCUUCUCCUCGCACCAGCACUUUCCGACAAAGACCUUACAGCAUGAUCAGCCCGGACAUGCUUCAGUUAGCAAAUGAAUUUGGCAACCCAACUUUGUCGCCAUCCAGAAACAACCCAUUUGCUCAUGUCAAGCUGAAACGCACAGUGACCAAUGACCGAUCGGCGCCAGUCAUCCAGUGACCUGAGGAUUUGACGACCUACCUUGUCAGUCAAAGCGGCUUCAAUGGAAAGUCAAGAAAAGGAAUCAAUGACCUUGUAUUCCCAGUCCUGAAUUCAAAGAGCUAAUAUAACCCAGGGAUGGAAUGGCUGCCGUUAUGAACAUACCUUUCACUCAUUUGUACUGCGGAUUGUUAUUUUUACAGCGGACUUUUCUUCUCUGUUUAAUGUGGAUGGUGUGUUAGAGUCCGCUGGCUUGCAGUUAAAGGUGUACAGUGCGCUAUAUCAUGCCAGUGGCUGCAGUUUGCAGAUUUCAGGAAACCACCUCAACAGUAUUAAAGGACAAAUGGCUCUACUUUGAUAAAAAAAAAGGAGACAUAGAGAGGAGAGUUAGCCAUGUGCAUUUGCUUUAAGAUCCCCUUUGUUGCUCUUGAUCUUCCAUUGUGCUGUAAAUCCCAUCAUCAACAACCAGGUACAGAACCUGUUAUCCAGAAUGGAUCUGGAGUUUUCCGGAUAAAAAAUCAUACUGUAAUUUAGAUCUUCAUACCUUAAGUCUACUAGAAAAUCAUUUAAAC